AGAUUACCUCGUCAAUUACGCGCUUUUCUUAAAAAUCUUUGGCCGCUUUACACUUUCGAUAACGCUUACACACACACGCAGACACAGAUAGAGAGAUAGAGUCCUGUAGACUCGAAGAGACUCUUCUUCGGCUCUUUCGCUACCAACAGCACCUCUUUACUUUGAUCCAGUACUUCGCAUCCACUUCUCCGAUCGUACACUCUCCUCCUCCGAUCACCUGUGUUGACCCCAAGUCCACAGAUCUCUCAUUUUUCUCCACAGAUCCGAGUUGUGCUUUCUUGUAGGAUUCAGAGUAGCAAUGGCACCCAGUACGAUCCGAAAGGCGAUCGGGGCGGUGAAAGACCAAACGAGUAUAAGCAUAGCGAAAGUGGCCGGCAAUAUAGCCCCAGACCUCGAAGUUUUGGUCGUAAAAGCAACGUCCCACGAUGACGAACCAGCUGAGGAGAAGCACAUCAGAGAGAUCAUCAAUCUGACCACGUAUUCGCGGGGUUAUGUGAGUGCGUGUGUGGUGACGAUAUCGAGGCGUUUGAGCAAAACCCGGGAUUGGAUUGUGGCGCUCAAGUCUCUGAUGCUUGUGCAUCGGGUUUUAGUCGAUGGGCACCCUUCGUUUGAGGAUGAGAUCGUGUACGCGACUCGGAGGGGCAUGAGGGUCUUGAAUAUGUCGGAUUUCAGAGACGAGGCGCAUUCGAAUUCGUGGGAUCAUUCGAGUUUCGUGAGGUUUUAUGCUGUGUUUUUGGAUGAGAAGGUCGAGAGUGUGGUGUAUGAGAAGAAAAUGAAAGGUGAGGAUAAUAAGAAUGAUAGGUAUAAGGAUGAGUUUGAUGAUAAUAUUAAUGGAAUGGGGAUGGGUAGGCGGACGAGGUCUUAUGGGGAUGUGAGUGAAUCGGUUGGGAAAGAGAAGAGGAGAGAGACACCGAUGAGGGAAAUGCAGCCCGAGAAGGUUUUGGGGAAAUUGAAUCAAUUGUUAAGGAUUCUUGAUAGGAUAUUGGCUUGUAGGCCAACCGGUGCGGCUAAGAGUAGUAGAUUGGUGCUUGUGGCGCUUUAUACUGUUGUCAGGGAGAGUUUUGGGGUUUAUGUGGAGAUAUGUGAGGCAUUGGGGUUGUUGUUGGAUAGGUUUCUGGACAUGGAGUAUGAGGUUUGUGUUAAGGCUUUUGAUUCUUAUGUUAAUGCGGCUAAGAUGAUUGAUGAGCUUGUGGGGUUUUAUGGUUGGUGUAAAGAAAUGGGGAUUGCGCGCUCUUCUGAGUAUCCUGAAGUCCAGAGGAUUACUGAUAAGCUUUUGGGAACCCUUGAAGGGUUCUUGAGGGAUAUGACAAACAAGCCAAAGAGCGUUGAGAGUAGAGUGGAGAAAGUGGCUGCGAAGGAUGAGGAGGUAGUGGUGGAGCAGAAUAUGAAUGAGAUAAAGGCUCUUCCUCCGCCAGAGAAUUAUACCCCUCCACCACCACCACCUGAACCGAAGCCUAAGCCACAGCCUCAGCCUCAGCAGGUGACCGAGGACUUGGUGAAUUUAAAGGAAGAUGGUGUUUCAGCUGAUGAACAAGGCAACAAAUUAGCUUUGGCAUUGUUCUCUGGACCACCAAAAGGGAAUACUAAUGGUUCGUGGGAAGCUUUCCCAUCUAAUGGAGAGCCUGAGGUGACUUCAGCUUGGCAGACACCUGCUGCUGAGAGUGGCAAAGCAGAUUGGGAGUUGGCAUUGGUGGAAACAGCUAGCAAUCUGUCGAAUCAGAAAGCUGCAUUGGGGGGUGGUUUGGAUCCAUUGUUGUUGAAUGGAAUGUAUGAUCAGGGGGCAGUGAGGCAGCAUGUGAGCACUACUCAAUUGAGUGGAGGAAGUGCAAGUAGUGUGGCAUUGCCUGGGCCAGGCAAGAGUGCUACACCAGUGCUAGCUCUGCCUGCUCCAGAUGGGACAGUUCAGGCGGUAGGGCACCAGGACCCUUUUGCUGCAUCACUUACAGUGCCGCCUCCUUCAUACGUGCAAAUAGCAGAUAUGGAGAAAAAGCAGCACUUGCUUGUCCAAGAACAGCAGCUCUGGCAGCAGUAUGGAAGCAAUGGGAUGCAAGGCCAAGUGGGUUUGGCUAAGAUUGCUGCUGCCUCUGGCUACUAUGGCCCAAGUCCUCAACCAAUGAUGCCUUAUGGCAUGCCACAGCCAGGAGGGUACUACCAUGGACCCUAUUGAAAUGGGUCUCAAUUGAAAAAGGGCUUGUGUUCCUCCCAUGAUGCAGAUUAUACUACUAUCUUACUUCCACUCUUUUUGGAAGAUUUUGUAUGUUCAUUGUUUGCCAUUGUGGUUUAUUUCUUUACUUAAAGACAUACGUGGUUUUGGAAUAACAGAGUACAUACAAUGUAAUGAAGCGUUUAUUAUUAGUCUCUUUGUGCAAUGUAAUUCUAAGACAGCUUUGAAUGAAACCAUAAAAUAUUAUGUUCCUUUU